AUGGGUCUGAGCCCCACCCGACCCGGGAACUCUAAACGGUACUUCUGCCACGGACUACUCACGUGUCUAAUUCAGGCUUUCACGGAAAAGUUCGCUUUAAAGAGUUUGGCCGAAAGUGCCAUAAAAGAGGUGGAAGCUAGAGCUACAGGAGGCAAAAUAGAAAGCGGCGAUAGUGUAACCUCCAUGGCAAAUGAGGCGGUUGCUCGAAACAAAAAAAUAGGUAAAGAAGAUGACAAGAAGAUUCGUCUCCGCGACAUUGUCGCCGAGAUUGAUGUGAAGGUAACGAGAGACAGGUCAGUGACGAGUGAAGACGCGGAAGCAGUGGUUCAGGCUGAGCUCAAUCAUUCUCCCUAUAACCAUGUUAUUCCAGGAGGCGUCGCUGAGUCUGUGGCUGCAGCUUAUAAAUUAAAUCGUAGUCCCUCUAUGUGA